CUCGAAGUAAUAAGAUCACGGUGAUACUUGAAAUCAUCUGACAUGGCAUUUAUAAUAUUAUUGCUAAAUAGCUGUUUAAUAUUCAUCGGCACGACAGCUAAUUUUAACGAAAGUGCGGAAAAAGACUACACGGUUUUGAUUAAUGAUCGAUCAAAUCAUACCGAGACAAUAAUACCUAAUCACUAUAGUAUCAAGCUAACACCGCAUAUUGAAGAAGACAAUGCAAAUGUAUUUAAAUUUUCUGGUGAGAUCGACAUUGUAAUAGAAAUUCUUUAUCCAACACAAAACAUAAAUCUGCAUGCACAACAACCUAAUGUAGAAAUAAAUCAAUUCAUACUGGUAAAAAUAAAUGAUAAUCAGGUGAAAACCAAGCUAAAUAUAAGUGAUCAAUCUAACACAAUUUAUUAUCUAACGAAUUAUGCAUAUCAACCUGAAACGCAAAUUUUCACCAUUUAUUUUAACACUACAAUGUUACAAGGGAAAUACAUAUUGAAAAUGACAUUUAAGAGCACUCUAAAUAGCAACAAAGAAGAUGGAAUUUUUCUCUCUGAAACAAACAAGAAGAAAAAUAAAACGUGGUUGAUCGCAACGGAUUUCCAAUUUAUUAAUGCUCGACGAAUGUUGCCAUGUUGGGACAAACCGGCAUUGAAGGCUACAUUUCACAUUGCUAUAAAACAUCAUAAAAACUACACAGCUUUGUCGAAUAUGCCAGUACGAAAACUGCACGAGGGUAGAAAUAAUAUGACAUGGACGAUAUUUCACGAUACUCCUGAAAUGCCCAUAUAUCUCGUGGCAAUUGUGCUAUGUAAAGAUCCUUUCCUUUCCACCCGCAUAUUGCACGAAGAAUUGACAUUUCCACAUAUAAAAUUCAAACAGAUUUUAUUAAAAGAUUUCAUUCUGAAUUCACCGAUACCUAAUUAUUAUGGUGACUUAAAUCGGGUCACCAAUAAUUGGUACGAACAAUAUUCAGUACAAAUAAGAUUUGCACAGAUAAUUGCUGAAUCUGUCUCACAGCUUUUCAGAAUUGAAUGGACGCUCUCGUUGCUGAAUAUUGAAAUGAUUACAAAAAUAGAUCAUAUUGCAAUUUCAGAUUUACGAGAUGAUAGCAUACAAUAUUGGGGUCUCAUCUUUUAUAGGAAAGCAAAUAUUAUCUAUAGAGAACACAGAGAUCCUGUUGCUCGCAAAUUCGACGUAGCGCGCUUAGUAGCACGAGAAAUUACACAUCAGUGGUUUGGUAAUAUGGUCAGUCCAUCUUCCUGGUCUUAUCUCUGGAUGAAUGAUGGUAUUGCUAUAUUAUUGGGAAUGGAUACCAUUAACAAGAUUUUUGAAAAGUUGCGAAUAUUGGAUUUAUUUGUAGUUCAAAUUCAACACGAAUCUCUUCAUUUGGAUACUAAUUCCCUUAUAAAACCUCUUAUAUCAGAAGUCAAUAAUCCUUCUGAAAUAGAUCCUUUUUCUCGUUUUAUUAAAGCUCCUGUAAUAUUGCGCAUGUUAUACAUGCUGUUGAAUGAUGCAUUUCGAAAAGGCAUCGAAAGAUAUGUUAUAAACCAUCAAUUUAGAUCAGCAGUUCCCAAUGAUUUAUGGAUCGCUAUACAAACUGAAAUAACUUAUUCAUAUGUGCAUAUUAGCCCGAGGGUAAUUGAUACACCGAUAAUUAAUGUAUCACUGAUAAUAGAUGCUUGGACAAAUCAAAUGCAUUAUCCUAUAUUGAAUGUAAAACGAGAUUAUUUUGAUGCUAAAGAAGUGACAAUAUCGGUGGAAAAUAAUAUAUCAGAGCAAGAUAAUUGGUUUAUAUUUGUGACCAUCACUACUGAAACUGAACACGAUUUUACCAAUUUUUUACGUGCCUAUUGGAUAAAACUUACACCGAAAAGUUAUCCAUAUAUCAUACUUACUCAACAAAAAGAAAAUGAUUGGAUAAUAGUCAAUUUACAACAAAUAGGAUAUUAUCGCGUUAAUUAUGAUCCUGAAAAUUGGCACAAAAUCGCGAAUUAUUUGAAUUCUCGACAAUAUUCAAACAUACAUAUUCUUAAUCGUGCUCAAAUCAUCGAUGAUGCAUUUCAUCUUAUGGAAUCAGGCAAACUCCAUUCUUCCAUAUUUUGGAAGCUCACAAGCUAUCUAAAGCGAGAAAAAGAUUACAUAGCAUGGUAUCCUAUGAUCAAAGCUUUCGAAUAUAUGUCGAGAAUCUUUCUACUUACUUCAUUCGGAAAAGUUACAGAAAUUAAGAAAAAUAUGGGCAAUAUAUUGUAUACAGUUCUUCAAAAAAUAGGAUACGAUGAAGUUUCUGUCGAUAAUGACUUUACUAAAUGUUUAAUACAAGAAGCUGCAAAGUGGGCAUGUACUUUUGAGCUUCCGGAUUGCAUAAAUACAGCCCAUCAUAAAUUGACACAUCACCUCAAAGAUGAUUUUGGAAAGAAUGAACUUAUGCCAUGGUGGAGAAAAUGGACGUACUGUAAAGGUAUGAUGAUAGCGAGCUUUGAGACUUGGUUAAAAACAUUAAAUUUAUGGAAGAAGACACAAGAUAAUAAAAUUUUGGACUAUUUGACUUGUACUAACAAUUUUGAAAUAAUCUUUUCAUAUUUAUCGCGAACAAUGAAUGAACAUGACUUCAAAAGUACCACAAUAUUAUUUCAAGCAACCGAACAUAUUUCUAUCUUUUUUUCUAUUGUUGCUAAACAUGCAAGGAAUAAUGAAAUACUUGAAUACAUAUUAAACAAUUUUAAAGCAAUUAAACCUAGAGAAACCAGUACAAUUGCAGCAUUAACUCAUAUUAUAAAUAAUGUGUAUACUAAGGAACAACUCGAAAAGAUAAAGAAAUUCGUGAACAAGAAUGUAAACGAAUUAAAUUUGGAUGUUCAACGCAAAACAGAAAUACGCUGGUCUCAAAUCAUGCGUUUGAUAAACUAUCAUUUAAUUUUUUAAAAUCUGACGAUAUCAUAAAAAUGGAUAACCAAUCGAUGGGAGAUAACUGCAAUGCUCUCAUUUAUGACAUAAUUAUAUAUAUAAUAAGU